CAACGUUCCCCAACAAGUACAAGGUUGACAUAAACAAAUACACAUGUUCAUGUAAAGCUUGGCAGGUAACAGGCAUACCAUGUAGACAUGGCAUCUCUUGUCUCAGAGGUGAAAGAAUCAAACGAGAGAAUGUUGUCUCUCCAUGCUAUAGUAUUGCAGCAUUCAAGAAAGUAUAUGGUGAAGUUAUUAUGCCUUGCAGAGACCCAAGAGAGUGGGAAAAGAUGAAUGCUGCUCCAAUCUUGCCACCCCUAUACGAAAAGCAUGUUGGGAGGCCUAGUAAUAAAAGAAAGAAGAACCCUGUAGAGACUGAUGAAGGAAAGUUGAGCAAGCAUGGUGCGGUUUCUCACUGCAGUAUUUGUAGGUCAGUUGAUCAUAAUAAAAAAACUUGCCCUGAAAAAGGUAGACAUGAGCAACAAGAUGAGGCAAGGCAAGGGGAGCAGCGAGAGGCAGGGCAAGUGCAGCAAGGUGAGGCAGUUCAAGGACAAAACUCAAUUCCAAGGCAUAUUGCCAAAAAGGCAAAAUUACCAGUGAAGAGAAGGAUUACUUCAUCUGAUCAGACCACAUCUUCUGCAAGUGUGGUUGGAUCUAGUGUAAUACAAGUGUGGGAGCAGAACAUGUCUGUGUUCGACAUACUGAUGCAAUCCUCACAGCCGUCCCAAGAAUCCCAGGCACCAAGACCUCUUCCUGACAAUCAAUUUCUUGCAAGCCAAAUAGAGGAUCUACCAAUGACAAAACAGACCACAACUAUAAUCCAUGUAGCAGCAAAGAAGAAGAAAAGGAAGGAGAAGAUCACGGAGAAGGAGAAUGUUAUUCCUAGGAAGAAGAAAUAGAAGAUGAAGUGGACAUGCCUUCUAUUGGACAAUGUUAUUCCUAGGAAGAAGAAAUAGAAGAUGAAGUGGACAUGCCUUCUAUUGGACAGAACCUGGUUUCUUUUUGGACAGAGUUUGGUUUCUUUUGGAUAGAUAGAGAUGGUUAGGGCCUUCACAAAUUGAAGGCUUUAUUUUGGACGGAGGUACUACUUAUGUAAUGUGGUACUGCAUCAUGCAGAGUGCAACCCAGUACCACAUUACAUAGUUGCAAGCUUUAGUGUGUAUCUAUGUUUAUGCAAGAGCACUCUUUAUCUAAUGACAAUAUGAUGUGCUACUUCCUGGAAGUGUGGCAAUUCUCAUCUAUAUAUUUUCCUG